AUAAAGGACACCUAAACAAAAUACGCUACCAAACUUGGUAGCUAACAACGGAGCUGUUUUGCGUAGCUAAAAGUAGGCUAUAUCGUACAUUACGGUACACCGGCUGCGUCAUAAGGAGGUCAAAGGACGACAACAGCACAAAUUUUAGCAGGCUGCUACUGAUUAGUUCCCCACUUUAUCUGGUUUGAGGUGGAGUUUAUUCGUUAAUGUACUCUUGUUCAGGGUUCUGCUUGUGUUAAACAGUGGCAGUUGGAGUCAUGCAGUAAAAAUCUGCGGGUACUUCAGUUUGCAGCUGUGUUAUGGCUCCUUCAGUGAGCUCCUCAUUAAUGUCACCUGUCAGACUUUGUGUGUACCGCAGUCUGUGUUGGAGAACAAGCAGGGCUCUCUCUUCAAACGUCUUGGGACAGAGGAGCUUGUGUCCGGCUCCAGGUGCAGCAGCUCCGUGCAGACAAGCAAACUCUCUGUGGUUUAAUGGGACCCGAAGGCUCUUUUCUCGUGGAGGCGGCGCAGCAGUGGAGCAGCAGACCCUGGAGGACAUCGCCAAGAGCAUCAGAGAGCAACAGUACAAGAGGGUGGUGGUGAUGGCGGGAGCUGGGAUCAGCACGCCCAGUGGCAUCCCAGAUUUCAGGUCUCCAGGCAGCGGUCUCUACGACAACCUGCAGCAAUACGACCUGCCCUACGCCGAGGCCAUAUUCGAGAUCAACUUUUUCCAUCAAAACCCUCGUCCCUUCUUCGCCCUGGCCAAAGAGCUGUAUCCAGGGAACUAUCAGCCCAACCCGACCCAUCAUUUUGUCCGACUGCUUCACGAGAAGCGUCAGCUUCUCAGGAUGUACACACAGAACAUCGACGGGCUGGAGAGACUGGCAGGGAUUCCUCCUGAGAUGUUGGUGGAGGCCCACGGUACAUUCGCCACAGCCACCUGCACCGUCUGCCUGAGGAAAUAUGAGGGAGAGGAGCUACGGCCAGCUGUGAUGAGCGGGAUGGUCCCAAAGUGUCCCACCUGUAAAGGUGUGGUCAAGCCUGACAUUGUGUUUUUCGGGGAGGAGCUUCCACGUCACUUCUUCAAAUACUUGACAGACUUCCCACUGGCGGACCUGCUGAUCAUCAUGGGCACCUCGCUGGAGGUGGAGCCCUUCGCCAGUCUGGCAGGAGCCGUUCGCAGCUCCGUCCCCCGUCUGCUCAUCAACAGGGACCUGGUGGGGCCGUUCGCCUGGCGCCGCCGGCCUCAUGACGUCGUGCAGCUGGGUGACGUGGUCGGCGGUGUGCGAGCCCUGGUCGAUGCCCUCGGCUGGACUCAGGAGCUGGACGCUCUGAUGGCGGCUGGCGCCCAGAAAGCUGCAACAAAGACAGAAGAGUGACCGUUUCUCUGCAUCGCGCUGGACGUUUGACUUCAGUCAGUGCAGUCAGUCCUGAAAACGCCAAACGCUGCAGGACUUUAUCCAUCUGACUUCCGAGCACACAGUUGAACUGAGGUUCACGUCUUUGGAUUGUUGAUUAUCAGUGGAAACUCUCAGACUGGCAGAUAAAGAACUGCUGUAAUAGAAAUUCAGUGUAACAGUGUGUGAUUUCAGUCUCCUAAAGGUGAGUGACACAGCGACACAAAUGGAUCAAAAACAAAUCAAAUCGGGUGCUUUUUGUCACAGCAAAAGUAAUUAAAAAUGAUGCACGUGUACAAUAGAAAACUGACCAUGUUGACUAUUAGAUUUUAUUUAUUUGCCUUUAAACAUUUUGAAAUGUGUCAAAUUUCUUCUGAUGGCCUCCGUUUGUGUAAGGAAUCAGUCAUGUAAUCCCACUGAAAAUGCCCAGUUUAGUGGACUUCUUAAAAUAUGAUGAUUUAUAUAUUUGUAUGUAUAUAUAAUAUGUAAAAUGAGCUCAAGACACUGAGUGUCAGUAGUGCUGCAUUAAAUCAGUUUGGAAACACUGA